UACGGUCACACUGAGUUCCACGUGCAGCGAUAGAACUAUGGAACUCAAAAAAAUGAAGCCUCUGGAGGAUGAUUCGGUGGAUACGGGGACCAAUGGGGAGCCGGCUAGGAAGCGCCGCAAUCCUUUCAACACUCAGCGCCUCAAGGAGGAGAAGGAGCGGCGCCAGAAGAAGCGGGCGCGCCUCAUCGUCCGAAACAUCAGCUACAAAUCCACUGAGGAAUCGAUGCGGGAGCACUUUUCGCAGUGGGGCACGCUGGAGGAUGUCCACAUCCUGAAACGGGGCGACGGCAAGAUGGUGGGCUGCGCCUUUGUCCAGUACGAGACCAUCAACCAGGCCACCAAGGCUAUUUUGCAUUCCAAUGGCAAGGAGCUGCUGGGGCGCAAGAUAUUCGUGGACUGGGCCUUGGGCAAGGAUGAAUAUGUGGCCAAAAAUCCCAAAGAGGAGCCGGAGGAAAAGAAACCCAAGGUGGAGGUGAAGGAGGAAGACGGGGAAGUGGAAAUCAAAGAGGAAAGCGACGAAGAAGACGAUGGAGACGAAGAGGAAAACUCUGAGGAGGAUUCUGAGGGGGAAUCUGCUGAAGAUGAUGCUAAGGACGAUGACGAGGAGAGCGAUGAGGAGGAUGAGGACCAAAAAGAGGACAAAGACGAAUUGAAAUCAAAGCUGGAUAUUAAAAAUGUCAAAAAGGAAAAGGUAAUUUCCAACGACGUCCAACAAGGCUGCACAGUUUUCAUCAAGAAUGUGCCCUUCGACGCCGAGGAUGCGGAUCUGCGAAAGGUGUGCCGCAAGUUUGGACUGGUCAACUAUGCCAUCAUCAACCGCCAGGCAGUCUCUGGCCACUCCAAAGGCACUGCCUUUGUAAAGUUCAAGGCAAAGGAAUCGGCGGAUCUAUGCCUGCAGGCUGGCACCGAGUUCAAGCUGAUGGACGAAGUGCUGGAUCCCCAUCCCGCACUCAGUCGCGAGGAGAUGAAGACGAAGCAGUCGAAGGAAAAUAGCAAAGACGACUUGGGCAAGGACUCUAGGAACCUGUAUCUGGCCAGAGAAGGUCUUAUCAUGUCUGGUUCCAAGGCAGCAGACGGGGUUUCCGCUUCCGACAUGACCAAGCGCCAUGAACUGGAGCAGGUUAAGACCCAAGUUCUGAAGAACUUGAAUCGAUUUGUUUCCCGCAACCGUUUGUCCAUCCACAAUCUUCCCCAGAACUACGACAACGAGAAGCUGAAGCAAAUGGCUCAGACAUACACUGGCUUCCGGCCGCACGAGUGUCGAGUGAUGCGGGAGCAAAAGGUAACCCCCGAGCAUCCGCAGGGCAAGUCCAAGGGCUUCGGUUUUCUCUCCUUUGACACACAUCAAAGGGCCUUGACGGCUCUGCGAAAAUUGAACAACAAUCCCAGCAUAUUUGGAAACCAGCAUCGUCCCAUUGUGGCCUUCAGUAUAGAGGAUCGAGCGGUGCACAAGGUGAAGGAGAAGCGCACGGAGCGCUCCAAGCUCAACAAUCCCACAUACCAGGCCAAACAGCAGCAGCGCAAGGAGCGUCGCCAACAACAGCGGGAUGGCAAAAAGGCCAAGCCAUCUGGACCACAGACCGACAACAAGGCCAAGCUGCAGAAGCACAUCAAGAAACUGGAGGCAACGCGGGCAGCCAAAGUGGAGGGCAAGGCCAGGGAACAAAAGCAGCAGGCCAGCGAUGUGCAAAGCGAUUUCGUAGGAGCGGCAGCCAAGCCGGGCACCUCGCUGAAGAUGCGCUCCAAAAAGAAGAUCAUGGAGCAGGCCCAGGAGCACAUGAAGCGGGUGAAGACCGAAAAGCGCAAGCAAAAGAACAAGAAGAUACGGGAAUCCCACCUGGCCGAGCGCAAGGCCAACAAUCGACCCAAGCAGGGACGCAAGAAGGAGAAGGAUGAGCUGCGACCCCUAAUUAAUAAGUACAAGAACAUGAUCAGUGGCAAUCAGGAUGGCGGCGGUGUCAAGGGCGUUACGGGAGGUAAAAUUAAGAAGCCCAAGCGCACGAAGUGGUACACCGAGUAAAGUUCCCCUGUCUAGGCUAAGGAUUCGUUUUAGCAAUAAAACUGUAAAUGAAAAACCAA